UAGCAAAUUUGCAGAUUGGCAAAGAGUCAGAAUGCAGGAGACGUCUAAAGAAAUACCGGCGGGAUCCCUUCCUCGGUCAUUGGAUGUCAUCCUCCGUCAUGAGAUUGUUGAACAUGCAAGAGCUGGUGAUACGGUCAUUUUUACGGGUACUCUGGUUGUAAUACCGGAUAUACUGGCACUAGCUUCACCAGGGGAGAGAGCGGAAUGCCGAAGGGAGGCACCCCAGCGGUCUGGCAGUGGACAUGAAGGUGUCAGGGGUCUUCGUGCACUUGGAGUGAGAGAUCUCUCUUAUCGACUUGCCUUCAUCGCCAAUUCAGUGCAGGUGUCUGAUGGAAGAAAGGAUAACGACAUUAGGAAUAGAAAGAAGGAUGCUGAUGACGAAGACUGCCAGAAAUUAACGAAAGAAGAGGAGGCUGAAAUUCAUGGGAUGAGGAACACCCCUGAUUUCUUCAAUAAAAUUGUGGAUAGCAUUGCCCCCACUAUAUUUGGUCACCAAGAGAUUAAACGAGCUAUCCUUCUUAUGCUCUUAGGUGGUGUCCACAAGUUCACUCAUGAAGGGAUCAACCUCAGGGGUGACAUUAAUGUUUGUAUAGUUGGUGAUCCCAGCUGUGCAAAGUCUCAGUUUCUUAAGUAUACCACAAACCUGGUUCCACGAUCCGUCUACACAUCUGGAAAAUCCUCUUCCGCCGCAGGUUUGACAGCAACUGUAGCCAAAGAACCAGAAACCGGGGAGUUCUGUAUUGAGGCUGGUGCUCUUAUGCUGGCUGAUAAUGGCAUCUGUUGUAUCGACGAAUUUGAUAAAAUGGAUGUUAGAGACCAGGUUGCCAUUCACGAAGCUAUGGAACAACAGACGAUAAGCAUCACAAAAGCAGGGAUACAAGCAACUUUAAAUGCCCGGACAUCUAUUUUAGCUGCUGCCAACCCCACUGGAGGACGUUAUGAUAAAUCGAAACCCCUCAAGUACAAUGUGGCCCUUCCUCCUGCUAUCCUUUCGAGGUUUGAUCUGGUGUAUGUAAUGAUCGACGAACCAGAUGAUCAAACUGAUUACCACAUUGCCCAUCACAUUGUAAGGGUUCAUCAGAAGCAUGAAGAGGCACUUUCCCCUGCAUUUACUACUGCACAACUGAAGCGUUAUAUUGCACAUGCCAAGACUCUGAAACCUAAGCUAACCCCAGACGCAAAGAAAGUGCUGGUGGAGUCUUAUGUUGCUCUACGAAGGGGUGAUACAGCUCCUGGGGGUAGAGUGGCUUACCGGAUGACAGUUAGGCAGCUUGAAGCACUGAUUAGGCUGUCGGAGGCUAUUGCUCGAAGUUAUUUGGAGCAUCAGGUAGAGCCACGCCAUGUCCGCGUGGCUGUGAGGCUGCUAAAAACAUCGAUAAUCAGUGUUGAAUCGAGUGAGAUCGAUUUGUCCGAUUUCCAAGAUAUAGUAUAUGAUGAUAUUGGUGGAAGCAGAGCAUCUGGUCAAGGCGAUGCUCAGCCAAGUUAUGAGGCUGCUGCACCUGGAAAUCAGGAGAGCGGAUCAGGGACCGGUACCCGUCAAGGAAGGAAACUAGUGAUAACUGAUGAGUACUUUCAGAGGGUUACACAAUCUCUUAUUUUGCACCUUCGACAGCAUGAAGACACUGUAGCACAGGAUGGGACUGGCUUGGCGGGAAUGAGACAAAAGGAUUUGAUUCAAAUGUACAUCGCUCAGCAGAACGAAAAAUCAGCAUACAGUUCUUUGGAUGAGGCUGCGAAAGAGGUUGACAAAGUCAAAGCUAUAAUUGAGAGUUUGAUAAGAAGGGAAGGCCAUCUGAUAGUUCUAGACGACGGAAGCACAGCGACAGAAGGUGAACAAGAGUUAUCAACUAGAGAUAGAAGGAUUUUAGCUGUUGCACCAAACUAUGUUGUUGAUUGAUGCAACAAAGACAUCUCGUCCCACCGUGAUCUGAACAUCAUUAUCCACCAUCCCAGAGUGAGCUCCAUGCAAAAUCCAUAGUAUAAGCUUUCACAAAUGCACAUAACUUACUAAAAUUCAUUUGAGUAACUGAAAUGCUGUCAUACUUCUGUCCAUGAUGUUUUAUGAUCAUAGAAGAACCUUGUAGCAUCCAGUUGGACAAAUACAUGCCGUGAACUUCUCAUGAAUCACUUUUUGUUUCUUUCACGGAGGGGAACUUUGCAUCUUUGUGAUGACUAAAGAUUGUGUGUACAUUUCUUUGAAGAAAAUGCAAAUGGUCAUUCCUCCAUCCUCAUGUUCGUUAUGUUUAGAACGAGUCUUCUCACGUAUCAUGUCUUUUAUUCAAGCUAUAUAUAUUUAUCUGUUUCAUCUCCCGACAUGGUUGGUCUAUUUCUCUGGAAUCUCGGUCAGUUGUUGGAUGAUAUGGUUUGGAUAUAAUCAAGCUAAUGCUUAUUCAAG